AAGGACACUCCAGAAGAGCUGGCCCUGAGACAAGGCAUGGGUAGGAGUUGGGGAAGGGAAGGAGUCUUUUAUUGGAGGCUACGGACGGAAACCUGCCCACCCCCACUGGCCAGUCGGGCUUCCCGAAAGCACCUUGGAGCAGAAUUCAGGGCCGAAUUGGGAUGAGGCUCAUGGUCCCCCGUAAGUCCAAAGGUGUCUGGGUCAGUCAUUCACUGGGCUCUGCCACUGGGUCAACAAAGCAGCUUCCUGGCUGCCCUGCCACCAGAGCUGAGCUCUCGGAGCCUUUGGGAUGAUGACACUGCUCCAGGGGCUCCUGGUACUCAGCUUAUCCUGUCUGCAAAUCCCCUGCUCCACGAUCUCUCCUGCGGGCGCCAUGGAUCUCCCAAGCCAGCAGCCAGUGAGCGAGCAGGCCCAGCAGAAGCUGACCCCGCUUGACCUCCUCAAGUUAGCCAACCAGGGUGUUGGUGACCAUGCCCCCCUGAAGAGGUCCCUGGGAGACUGCAAGAGUACCCCAACUGCAGAGGAGAGUCGCAGGCUGUCUCAGGCCAUGAUGGCUUUUACCACUGACCUGUUCUCCUCGGUGGCCCAAACAUCCACCAGCUCCAACCUUGUCCUGUCACCCCUUAGUGUGGCCCUAGCCCUCGCUCACCUAGCACUAGGUGCUCAGAACCAAACACUGCAGAGCUUGCAUCGAGUGUUGCAUGUGGACUCAGGGUCCUGCCUUCCCCAUCUACUGAGCCACCUCAGCCAGAACCUAGGCCUUGGGACAAUCCGACUGGCUGCCAGAAUAUACCUGCAGAAAGGAUUUCCCAUCAAGGAUGAUUUCCUGGAGCAAUCAGAAAAGCUCUUUGGUGCAAAGCCUGUGAAACUGACUGGAAGGCAGGAGGAAGACCUGAUGAACAUCAACCAAUGGGUGAAGAAGGCCACGGAGGGGAAGAUUGAGGAUUUCCUGUCUGAGCUGCCAGAUAACACUGUGUUGCUUCUCCUCAAUGCCAUCCACUUUCACGGUUUCUGGAGAACCAUGUUUGACUCGAGCCUCACCCAGAAAGACUCCUUCUACCUGGAUGAGCAGUUCAUGGUGCCUGUGGACAUGAUGCACGCACAGUCCUACCCUCUGCGAUGGUUCCUGCUGGAGCAACCUGAGAUACAGGUGGCUCAUUUCCCCUUCAAGAACAACAUGAGCUUUGUGGUCAUGAUGCCCACUCAUUUUAAGUGGAAUGUGUCUCAGGUACUAGCCAACCUGAGCCGGGAUACGCUGUACCAGCCCUCCCUGCGGGAGAAGCCCACCAAGGUGCAGCUGCCCAAACUCCAUCUGAAGCAGCAGCUGGACCUAGUGGCCACCCUCAGCCAGCUGGGCCUGCAGGAGUUGUUCCAGGGCCCAGACCUGCGUGGGAUCUCUGACCAGAGUCUGGUGGUGUCUGGCGUGCAGCACCAGUCAACGAUGGAACUCAGUGAGGCUGGCGUGGAGGCGGCCGCAGCCACCAGCACAGCCAUGACUCGGAUGUCCAUCUCCUCCUUCACUGUGAACCGACCCUUCCUCUUCUUCAUCAUGGACGACACCGUAGGCAUGCCCCUCUUUGUGGGCAGCGUGAGGAACCCCAACCCCACCGCACAGCCCCAGCUCCGGGAACAGCAGGAUUCCCCUGACAACAGGGUCGUUCGGAAAGACAAGGCCGACUUACAUGGAGACAAGACCUUCAGCCCUGACUUGAAACUUGCACCUCGCUUGGAGGAGGACUACCCCCAGUUUAGCGACCCCAAGUGAGGGGUCCAUGGGCAGCAGCAUCCUGAGUCCCCACCUGGAUCAGCUUCUCAACUCUUGUGACUCUUUCCAACCAGCUUUGUGGGGGAGGGUGGGGCCUGGGGAGAUGGCCUCCAGGGACAGGAGCAGUUGUUACAGCAGCUCCGGGAUAGGAGGUGGGGCGGGGCCUAGAGGGAGGCAGGCACAGGGAGUCUUCAUUUCUUCCAGAGGAACUCAGGGGUGACCUUGUGUGGGCUGGACACUUAUGGAUACAGUUUUGGCUAGUGGUAGGUUAAACAAGACCCUAAUAUAGGUAGUUGGGGUCCCUUCACAUUUGUAAGCGGAGGCUGGAAAGGCCCUCUUCAGACAUGUCCCUCAAACACCCUAGGUGGGAAAGGAGAGACAGGUGUUGGUCCCCUGAGCUCAGACCCUGACCUUGCAGUUGUACAUCGUGGGUGGAGGCUGACCUACCCUGAUUCUGAUGUUGCUGAAGACAUCUAGGCCUUCGCCCACAUCAUGACACCCAAGUCACCUCUCUGGUCUUUGGAGACGCCAGCACUGCCCGGAGCCCUCUCCCUUCCUCUCUCUUGUCCUCCUCUUCCAGGAGGCUCAGGGGCUGAGACAGGGAAGGGCCCCUUUAUCUCCCAAGACUCUUUUGUAAAGUUUUUGUAGUGAUUUUUAUGCCACCUGAAUAAAGAAUGAAUGUGC